AGACAAAAAUGCGCCGUUCAAAUGAGCCAACGAAGCGUAAGAGCACAACAGGCCACGGAGACUAUGCAGAACACAAGAAGCGAAAGUCCAUGUCGAAGGAGGCGACGCCGGUUUUAGAGGAAAACCUCACUCCUGACGUGAUGAUUAAUAAUCUCCACGAGAUUGUCACUCAAAUUCUCGAGAAUCAGGAGCUUCCAGAAACGGCGAUCAUCGAGCUGGAAGGAUUCGACGCAACAGCGGCCACAAUGGAGGAAUACAUGCAAAAACGAGAGGAAACCCGCAAACUCGUCACCGAUUCCGAGUUUUUCGACCAGAAAACCGAGCUGAACCUGAGUGUUGCCUCACUCGCCGGAGCACAAGUGGAAGUGGACAAACGUGUCACCACGCGAGGAAUGAGCCGAAAAUUGCACGACGAGUGUGGUAUCAAUGAGAAAGAUAUCCUCUACCAGGGUCUUGAUUAUCAUGGAACUGAGUCUCGUGUCAGCAAGGAGCUCAGAGAUUCCCGCCAAGCAUCAAUCAUCGAAUCGUGCGUCGACUUCCAAAAGCAAAUUCAAUGGAAAAUCGGAAUUAUGGAGAAAGUUAAGGCGAAAUCCGGGAGAUCAUAUCCAAUGUCAGAUGGGCCAAGUGUACGUACACGUGGUGGACAGGAUAAGCAACGAGAGGAGAUGAAAAAACAGCAGAAAGAGCUCGAAAAGAGCAAGAAACAGAGGAAAACUAGAGCUGCAGGAGAGCAGGAUCCAUUCAAGACACCACAGAAAAAGAUUGAAUUCAAUGCGUUGGAUGAGCGAAGAAUCAUCGAGAACUAUCAACUGGAGGUCGCCUCGGAAAUUCGCACGCACCGCCCGUUUUUGAGCCGCUCGAUUGCUCCGGUUCCGUUCAACAUUGAUAUUCUCGACGAUGAGGAGGAGGAAAUGGAAAUCUCGUAGAGUCGGAUCUACCAUAAAUAUUUUAAAUUUUCACUUUUUUUCCUUGUUUCCCCUAAUUCACCACCGCCGCCCAAUCAUUUCUCCGGUAUUUUAUUGAUUUUAUUGAUUUUUUACACCUUUUUUUUCUCUGUCUCUGCCGGGUCCCCAAGAAAUAAAAUUUCGAAUUUGU